CCAGUGCCCAUGUGAUCAGUGGCACUGGCCAGAAAGGAACGUGGGGAAGAGUGGGCUGAGAACUCAGGUAGUGGCUGUUCAGCUGGAGUUCCUGCCUCCCUAAAAGUCCAGAGCAAAGCAAGUGGGCUCAAGAAGUAUGGUUCUGAGGUGAACGAAGUCAUGAAGACGCCACUGUUGAGCUUGGCUUUGUGGUUGCUGCUCUUCCAGCCUGGGAUGAUGUUCCUGUCUGAUGUGAGUCGGAACUGCCAUGAUGGUACCUACGAGAUCACCGUCCUGAUGAUGAACAACUCAGCCUUCCCAGAGACCCUGAACAACCUGGAAAUAGCAGUGAAUGAGGGACUGAAAAUAGUGAAACAGCGUCUGGAUGAAGCUGGCAUGAAUGUGACAGUGAACGCUUCCUUUAUCCGAUCAAAGGAUGUAAUUUAUAAGUCAAGUGACUGCCGGAGCAGCACCUGUGAAGGCCUCGACCUCCUUAGGACAAUUUCAACUCAAAAGCGGAUGGGCUGUGCCCUGAUGGGGCCCUCAUGCACAUACUCUACCUACCAGAUGUAUCUUGACACAGAUUUGAACUAUCCCAUGAUUUCGGCUGGAAGCUUUGGACUGUCAUGUGACUAUAAAGAAACAUUAACCAGAAUGAUGCCUCCAGCUAGAAAGUUGAUGUAUUUCUUGAUUAAUUUUUGGAAGGCCAACAAUAUGCCAUUCAAACCAUUUUCCUGGAACACUGCAUAUGUUUACAAAGAUGGUACUGAGACUGAGGACUGUUUCUGGUACCUCAAUGCUCUGGAGGCUGGAGUUUCCUAUUUUUCUCAAGAACUCAGCUUUAAGGAAAUGUUGAGAGGAGCUGAACAGUUUCAAGAUAUUUUAACAGAUCAGAAAAGAAAAAGCAAUGUGAUUGUUAUGUGUGGUUCUCCAAAACUCAUCCAAAGCCUCAAGGGUGAUCGAGCAAUGAAUGAAGACACUGUCAUUAUUCUAAUGGAUUUAUUCAAUAACUACUACUUCGAAGACAACGUCACAGCCCCCGACUACAUGAAAAAUGUCCUUGUUCUGACACUGGAUUUUAAAAAUUCCAUCUUAAAUGACUCUUUGAUCAACCAAUUGUUACCAUCAAAGGCCAAAUACGAGUUUGCCCUCGCCUAUUUGGAUGGGAUCUUGCUCUUUGGACACGUGCUGCAGAAAUUUCUUGAAAACGGAGAAGACGUUACCGGCCCUGAGUUUGCUCAUGCUUUCAGGAACCUCAGUUUUACAGGACACGCGGGUCUUGUGACUUUGGACAGCACUGGGGAUGUCGACAGUACCCUGGCGCUUCUGUACACCUCUGUAGACACCAAGAAAUACAAGACUCUUCUGACAUACAACACCCACUUAAACACAAGUACCACAGUGGACUCUAGCCCCACAUUCACCUGGAAAAACCAUAAACUUCCAAAUGAUAUUCCAGGCGGUGGCCCUCAGGUCCUGAUGAUUGCAGUCUUCACCCUCACGGGGACUGUGGUCCUGCUCCUGCUCAUCGCCCUCCUGGUGCUGAGAAAAUAUAAAAAAGAUAAUGAACUUCGUCAGAAAAAGUGGUCUCACAUUCCUCCUGAAAAUAUCUAUCCUCUAGAGACCAAUGAGACCAACCAAGUUAGCUUGAAGAUCGAUGAUGACAAAAGACGAGAUACAAUCCAGAGACUACGACAGUGCAAAUAUGACAAAAAGCGGGUGAUUCUCAAAGAUCUCAAGCACAACGAUGGUAAUUUCACUGAGAAGCAGAAGAUAGACUUGAACAAGUUGCUGCAGAUUGAUUACUACAACCUGACCAAGUUCUACGGCACAGUGAAGCUGGAUAGCAUGAUCUUUGGGGUGAUAGAAUACUGUGAGAGAGGAUCCCUCCGGGAAGUUUUAAAUGAUACAAUUUCCUACCCUGAUGGGACAUUCAUGGAUUGGGAGUUUAAGAUCUCUGUCUUGUACGACAUUGCUAAGGGGAUGUCAUAUCUGCACUCCAGUAAGACAGAGGUCCACGGUCGUCUGAAAUCCACCAACUGCGUCGUGGACAACCGAAUGGUGGUGAAGAUCACCGAUUUUGGUUGCAAUUCCAUUUUACCUCCCAAAAAAGACCUGUGGACAGCUCCAGAGCACCUGCGCCAAGCCAGCGUUUCGCAGAAGGGGGACGUGUACAGCUACGGGAUCAUCGCCCAGGAGAUCAUCCUGCGCAGGGAGACCUUCUACACGUUGAGCUGCCGGGACCAGAACGAGAAGAUUUUCAGAGUGGAAAAUUCCAAUGGAAUAAAACCCUUCCGCCCAGAUCUAUUCCUGGAAACAGCAGAGGAAAAGGAGCUAGAGGUAUAUCUACUUGUAAAAAGCUGUUGGGAGGAAGAUCCAGAAAAGAGACCAGAUUUCAAGAAAAUUGAGAAUACACUGGCCAAGAUAUUUGGCCUUUUUCAUGACCAAAAAAAUGAAAGUUAUAUGGAUACCUUGAUCCGACGUCUUCAGCUGUAUUCCCGAAACCUGGAACAUCUGGUAGAGGAACGGACACAGCUGUACAAAGCAGAGAGAGACAGAGCUGACAGACUGAACUUCAUGUUGCUCCCAAGGCUAGUGGUCAAGUCUCUGAAGGAGAAAGGCAUUGUGGAGCCCGAAUUCUAUGAGGAAGUCACCAUCUACUUCAGUGACAUCGUGGGUUUCACCACUAUCUGCAAAUACAGCACCCCCAUGGAAGUGGUGGACAUGCUAAAUGACAUCUAUAAGAGUUUUGACCAAAUUGUUGACCACCACGACGUCUACAAGGUGGAAACCAUUGGUGAUGCCUACAUGGUUGCUAGUGGCUUGCCCAAGAGAAACGGCAACCGGCAUGCAAUAGACAUUGCCAAGAUGGCCUUGGACAUCCUCAGCUUCAUGGGGACGUUUGAGCUGGAGCAUCUCCCUGGCCUCCCAAUAUGGAUCCGCAUUGGAGUUCACUCAGGUCCCUGUGCUGCUGGAGUUGUGGGAAUAAAGAUGCCUCGAUAUUGCCUGUUUGGAGAUACAGUCAACACUGCCUCCAGGAUGGAAUCCACUGGCCUCCCCUUGAGAAUUCACGUGAGCGGCUCCACUAUAUCCAUCCUGAAGAGAACAGAGUGCCAGUUCCUAUAUGAAGUGAGAGGAGAAACAUACUUAAAGGGAAGAGGGACUGAGACCACCUACUGGCUGACUGGAAUGAAGGACCAGGAGUACAACCUGCCAGUACCUCCGACGGUGGAGAAUCAACAGCGUUUGCAAGCAGAAUUUUCCGACAUGAUUGCCAACUCUUUACAGAAAAGACAGGCCUCAGGGGUAAGAAGCAGAAAACCGACACGGGUAGCCAGCUACAAAAAAGGCACCCUGGAAUACUUGCAACUGAACACCACAGACAAGGAGGGCACCUAUUUUUAACCUAAGUAAGCGGCGAGGACUCCCACAAAUCAGCUGCACAUCAGCAGCAAUAACCUCAAGUGUCCUGAAACCUUGCCUUUUCCUGAGACCUCAGCGAAACAGAAAAAAAAAAAAAUUAGCCUUGGCCACCCUGUCUGGAACAUAGACUCCCUUCUCUGAACGAGUUCAUGCUCUCGGUGAGAUGACCUCGGGAGUCUUACUCCCAACGGCGGCUCCAAGGAGAUUUCCCCUUAAAAAGGGGAGCAAUGAACAUACUCUCUGGAACUUGAGAUUUUAUUAUUCCAUUUAUUUUGUUUCUGUUUUGUUUUGUUUACUAUCUCUUUUUUCCUUCUGUAUUCAUGAUGGGAUUUGUUUAAUUGUCACAAUUAUAUAUGAACAACUUUAUCUCAUUAGCGUAUACUUAACUCAUAAUUUUUGCAGAACAUAUUCUAUAUAUCAGUGAAGAAUAAAUGUUAGAGUUGAA